UGGAUUUUGGUGGCCUGUUAAGUGCUGUGAUGUAAUGGCAGAAGUUCCAGGUUACAAAGGAUGUUUCAAAGGAUGUACACUUCCAGAGGUCAAAUAGAAGCUCCCUUGUAAUGUUCUUCAGCAAAAAGAACCAGUGCUUUUUUGGAGCGUCGUGAGGGAUAAAUCUUGGGACGGGGAAAGCAAAACAAGGCUUGAAAGAUCGUGUUGUUCUUGGAAGACAAUAAUGCUUACGGAAAUAUCUGAAAUUACAUUCAAGGGGAAAAAGAAGCCUAUCUCAGUUAGCCUUUUGUGUUCCUGCUGAAGACGGGCAGGUUAAGUAUCAGGAACAGUGAUGAUAAUUAAUUGAACCAAAUGGAAUUGUCGGGAAGGGAGUAGAUACAGGGUUAUAUCGAAAGAGCAAAUUUAAUACAAAAUGUUCAAAAAACUUAAUUUUAAUAUAAAAUAAGGGUAAAAAUAAUAAUAGUAUAUGUAACUUUCUGACAAUUUUAAAAUAUGCAAUGACAAAAUAGACACUCUUUCUCCUUUAAGUGUAUGUCUGUCAGUAUAAAAGAAUAUACAUUGUUCUUUAAGUAAAUAAAUAACUUACUUAAAGGAAAACCAUAUAAAAAUAUCGAAAGUGAGUUGAAGCUAUAGCAAAUGUUCCAAGUGUUAAAUCUAGUAUUUCUAAGGGAAAGGCCUCAACUCCCACAAAAUUAAGCUGUUUGUGAAAAAAACCCCACUUCUGCUUCCAGCUUGACAAGGUACCAUAAACUUUUUGUUUGUUUUUAAAUGCAUGCUCUCAAAACUUCUAGUAUUUAAAUUGGUGUAUACAUCACUGUAAAGAAUUUGGCCAUGAACCAAUUAUUGCUUUUGUUGUUGUUCAGCUGAAAUAGCACUUUGGUUUAAAACUGUCUCCUCCUACAGCUACUCUUGCAUAUUUUCUUUUUCUUCAGGUUAUCUUCUGAAGAUGGCGAAGAAGCUUCUGCUUACUUUUAUGAAAGUGAUGAUUCUAUUGAAACAAGAGUAAAGCCUCCUUACUCAGGUGAAAUGGACUUACUAGGAGAGAUCCUCGAUACACUGAGCACACACAGCUCAGAUCAAGGAAAGCUCGCAGCUGCAAGGAGCUUGGAUUUCUUUAGAUCAAUGGAUGAUAUUGAUUACAAAUCUACGAACAAAUCCAAUGCUCCUAGUGAGAAUAAUCUGGCCCUGCUUUGUGGUGGUUCUGGUGACCAAGCAGAGUGGAAUCUCGGUCAGGAUGACAGCGCCCUCCGUGGUAAACAUCUUCCUCCAUCUCCAAAGAAGCAGGCGUCCUCUAGUGGUUUCACAGAUUCACUGUUUAUGCUGAAAAAGGAAAACAGUGAAAAAGCCCUCGGCGCUGACAAUGUAAAUGGUCCUACUGCGGUGGGAAAGCCAGCUUCAGCUUCAGGACUGGAUUUCCAGCUAGCUCCUCCUGAAAUUUCCCAGACUAAUCAAGGAAAAACAGAAAAGAAAGAAACACUAAGCCAGAUUUCAGAUGAUCUGCUUAAACCCAGCCUGGGACGAUGCCCAUCUACUUUUGUUCCUUGGGAAAAAGAAGGGAUGGAAGCCCAGGAGACUUCAGAAGACACCGGGCUGCUUCAUGAAGUAGUGUCACUAUGUCACAUAACGUCUGCCUUCCAACAAGGUUUAAACAUUUCGGAAGAAAAUACAAGUGGAAACCAAGCUUAAAUCAACAAUUAAGGGUCAGCCACUUGCAUCCAAGCUUCUCUGGAGAUGUUUUAGGAUUACAUGUAAUCUGUAUAGUAAACGGAAGUAUUUGUAGGAAUGACAACUCUUACUACUAUUUGAGACUUAUUUUUCAUUUGGAGCAUAUGUUUCUAUUUCUUCAUCUCAUGGAUAUAUGUUAUCCAUUGAUUUUUAACUGUAAAGCUAAUUCUUCUACAGCGCUCUUAAAUCAGGUACUAGUUUGUAUGUAUGUUGAAAGUAUGUAUUGAACAUAGGACUUUCCAGUAUUUGGUGCUUAAUGCCAUUCGUUUUAUUUAAACUAAGUAUGCAUAUAGAACCCUUGCAUGUAGCCAGUAGCUACUGUACCAGUCUGGUUGAGCAUGAACUGAUCAAAAAAUCAAAUCUAGCUUGAAACUGUUGACCUACUAAUUGCCUUAAUCUUAAGCCUAUAUUAAGUAUACUUAAAUAAUUUAUGAAAUUACGUGUACGUUUUUGCAAGAUAAGUUAUUAGUGUUCUGCAGAGCAGUAAUGACUUUUCCUACUUUUGAAUCAAGGUCAGAAUUCAUCUUUUCAAAGUUAAAAAGUUCACUUGUAGAAAUAUUUAGUUAGUUUAUAGAAGGACGUUGCAACCAUGCUUCCCCAAAAAUUACAAAGGUACACACUUAUCUUUCGUUCAGUGAAAUAUAUGAAAUGCUGAAUUACAAUGUGAAGUUGAUGACUUCUGUUUACAAAUGAGACACUUUACACAUUGUUCAGUCUGUCUGUAUACCUUUGCUGACUAGGAGUCCAUCCCCAAAUGCCAAAUGCAACAUAAACUGUCAUGAUAAAAAAGUCAUGUCUUUUUUUUUUUUAAUUACUAGUAAUUCUCUAUCAAAAAGCUUCAUAUCAUCACCUGAAAUUUACUUUCUAAAAAUAACUUAUUUUCUUAGAAAUUUUAGGUGUACAUAAAAACUGAAAAGUUCUAUAUUAUACCCCCUCCUCUGUCAGUUCCCCAUAUUAUCAGUGUCUUACAUUAGCAUGGUACAUUUGUUAAAACCAAUGAACCAUUAUGGAUAAAUUAUUAUUUAGUGAAGUCCAUACUUUAUUCGGCUCUCCUUAGUUUUACCCAAUGUCCUUUUCUGCUCUGGAGUCCCAUCCAGGAUUCCAUGUUACAUAUAGCUGUCAGGUCUUUUUAGGCUUCUCUUGGCUGCGGCAAUUUCUAUAGACUUUCCUUUUUUUUGAUGACCUUGACAGUUUUGAGGAGUCCUGGUCAGGUAUAUUAUAGGAUACCCCUCGGUUGGAAUUUGUCUCAUGUUUUUGUUAUGAUUAGACUGGGCUUAUGCAUUUUUGGAAGGAAGAUCACAAAGAUAAACUGCCAUUUUCAUCAUGCCAAGGCACAUACUAAUAUGAUUUAUAAUGUUGAUACUGACUUUGAUGACCUGGCCAAGGUAGUGUUUGUUAGGUUUUUCCACUGUAAAAUUGCUUUUUUGAUCCCCUUUCUGUACUGCACUCUUUGGAAGGCAGUCACUAUGAACAGUCCACAACACCUAAGGAGUAGGGAGUUGUGCCUCCUUCCCAUCUCCCACCCCACUGUAUGACAGAGUUAUUUAUAUAAACUAUUUGGAAUUCUUCUGUACAGGAGAUUUGUCUCUUUUCCUCAAAUUCACAUUUAAGCUUUGAAAUUCAUCUGAGAAGGAAUCACGCAUUGAUUGCUUUACAAUAAACCCAACCAGUUAUUGCGCUUCAUGGUAGGUUAGAUUAAAGAUUGACAGAUAUAAUUAGGGAGGAGAAACAAUGAUGUGGUAGUUAAUUUGGUAUUGGUAAAUGUUCAGCUAUCUCUACUCUAUACAUUGCCAAUCAUGGAUGAUUACUUUUUUAAUCGUCUUAUUAGAAAAGAUGUUUGAGAGACCAUUCGAGAAUCCCAUCAGGACUGUACUCUAAGAUAUAAUUUUUAGUUUAAAAAAAUCCUGGAAAGCGGUUUGUUAAAAACAUUGCUUAAAAAUGUAUAUUCAGGUCAGUCUUUAAACCACUUAAAGAAAAUUACCAAAUUGUUUUUGUUUUUUUUUAAAUUACAUUCCAAAAUCUAAAUGGAUAUUUUUAUUUGGGACAGUUACCCAUUCAUGGUUUAUAAAGGAAGACAAAUCUUGUUUUCCUUUUAAGGAUGGACUUUGUCUAUAUAUAUUAAGGAAAAAAAGUGUUAAUCCUUAUUUUUUUAACACAAAAGUAGAACUCAUGCUUCUUGUCAAAUUUUGCCUUUAUAUGAUGAUUACAAAAUACAUUUUACUUUAUUGAAGUAUGUAAUAAAAGAAGACCAUAUAUCAGAAAAGCUCUUUUAAAUGAGAGGGAAAAAAGUUCACUCUGUUAAACUCCUUAGCAAAUACUUCUUCAUAGUUUAUGAAAAGAAUGCACAGCAGUCUUUUCAUAUGAACUUUGGAAUGAGUAUUUUUGCUUCAGAAUUGAUAGUUUGAA